AAUUGGUGUAAUUUUUGAUAAAUUUUUCAUAUAAUCUAAGAAAGUGAUAGAUCUCUUAUCAAUAUGAACGGUUUACCCCAGCUUCGCCCUGAACCAUUUCAAGUCACGUUCAGAGUAAAUUACUGACCGAUCGGGCACAAUUCAGUAACAAAGUUCAUAACGUCUGUGAUACACGUGAAUCAUUCGGAUUGAAACUGGUUAAUUGAAGCACGUAAUUGUGAAACAAAUGAGCAAGUUACUUAGAAUUGGAUUCCUCGGCGGAGGAAAAAUGGCACAGGCCAUGGCAAAUGGUUUCAUUUCUGCUGGUUUGACGAAAGGUGAAAAUGUAGUCGCUAGCUUUCAUCCAUCCGAUGAACCAAACAUCAAAGCUUUCAAAUCGUUUGGGGCAGAAACCUUUGUGGAGAACCUUCCCGUAGUGAAGAAAUCUGAAGUCAUUUUCGUCUCCGUCAAACCAUCCGUCGUUUCAACCGUCCUCGAAAAUGUGCGUCCUGAUAGUGAAGGGAAAUUAUUCAUCUCGAUUGCAAUGGGUGUUACGCUCGCUGAACUGGAGAAGUCUCUUUCCCCAAAAGCACGUGUCAUCAGAGUAAUGCCAAACACCCCUGCUUUAGUUCGAAGCGGGGCUUCAGUAUAUGUCCGUGGUAAAACCGCAACUGUCGACGAUUGUACUCUAACCCAGUCGCUGUUCGAAGCAAUCGGCACUUGCGAAGAAGUAACUGAAUAUCUAAUGGAUCCAAUCACUGCACUUUCGGGUAGCGGGCCGGCCUACAUAUUUGUGUUGAUAGAAGCACUUGCAGACGGGGGAGUAAGAAUGGGUUUACCAAGAGAUCUGGCAUAUCGGUUGGCAUCACAAACGGUGCUGGGAUCUGGAAAACUGGUGCGAGAAUCUGACCGGCACCCAGGACAGCUGAAAGAUGACGUAACAAGCCCAGCCGGAUCGACCGCUGCAGGAUUGGCAUUCUUGGAGCAAAAUGCAUUUCGACAUGCCGUGGCCGGAGCCGUAGAAGCAGCAACACUUCGAUGCCGUCAAGUUUCAGGCAAUAAAUAAAAUCUAUAGCAUUCCUUUCCUCACCCUUCCCACAUACAUGAAUAUGCAUACAUGUGAAACUAAGAGCGGUUAUAUAGAUAAUAAAUAAUACCAAACAUCA